AUGGCUGUCGAGGAAGUCACAACCAAACCAGACAACAAGGAAGCCGCCGAGAAGCCGGUCGUCGAGAAGCCGGUCGCCGAGGAAAAGAAACCUGCAGCCGAACCCAGCCCGGCCCAGGAACUAGCGGCAACCAACGAACCCACAGCCAAUGAGGACGCCGGAGGAGAAGAAGAAGUCACCAAGGGCGACUGGAACCUUCCUGAAGUUAAGUUGAAGGAAGUGCAAGUGGUGACUGGUGAGGAGGAUGAAGAAGAAUUUUGGAAGUGUCGUGCUAAGUUGUAUAGGUGGAGAGAUGCGGAAUGGAAAGAGAGAGGUCUCGGGGAUGCCAAGUUAUUGAAGGACAAGGAGGGCAAAGUCCGCUUCCUUUUACGUCAGGAGAAGACGGGAAAGGUGGCAGCGAAUCAUUAUGUUAUCCCUAAGGAUGGAAAUUGCACCUUGACUCCGAAUGCCGGGUCGGAUAAGAUAUGGGUAUGGAGCGUAUUGGAUUGUGCUGAGGAGGAACCGGUGGCCGAAAGGUUUGGUUUAAGGUUCGGAACGGUGGAGAAUGCGGCGCUUUUCAAACAGAAAUUCGAAGAAGCUGGAAAUCUUAAUGUUAAGCUCAUGGACGAUGGGGCAUUCGGUAAAAAUUAA